UAUUACAGCCGACAACUCGUACAGUCCUGAUUCGUACGUGAUAUCGCGAGGAUGGAGCGAUGGACAGGAAAGGUAGCCGUUGUUACAGGUGCCAGUGCAGGUAUUGGAGCUGCAAUUGCAAAACAAUUGGUUCAAAACGGUAUGGUGGUGGCGGGUCUCGCGCGAAGGGUGGAGAAAAUCAAAGAAUUGGCACAGGCUCUGGAAGAAUGCACGGGCAAACUUUAUCCCGUCGAAUGCGACGUUUCCAAGGAGGAAAGUAUAGUCGCAGCAUUCGCAUGGGUACAAGAGAAUCUUGGACCAGUAAACGUAUUGGUCAACAAUGCUGGAAUGACCAAAGAAUCUUCGCUGAUAGAUGGCAAUCUAGAGGAUUGGCGUACCGUUUUCGACGUGAACGUUUUUGGACUAUGUCUCUGUACCAAGGAAGCAGUUCGCAUGAUGCUAGAAGCAGGAGGAGAAGGUGUGAUCAUCAAUGUAAACAGUCUUGCAGCUGAACGAGUGCCUUUUAUUCCUGGAUUCUCUGUUUAUCCAGCCUCGAAGAGAGCUAUCACCGCUCUGGCUCAGACUUUGCGACACGAACUCACUGGAACCCAAAUAAGAGUCACGGGUAUCAGUCCGGGAUUAGUUGCCACAGAGCUGAUGAAGUCUUACAGUACAUACUCUGAAGAGGCACUCGCAUCUUUCCCUACAUUAGACCCAGAAGACGUUGCUGCAGCUGCAGUUUAUAUUUUAACCAAUGGCCCACACGUUGUUGUUCAGGAUAUCGUUUUGCGACCUUUGGGCGAAUCUUGGUAGCGAUGUUACAUAAAAUUCGCCAUUAAAAUUACUACUUCAUAAUACAGAGUAUGAAAAGCAUUAAAAACUUACAGGAUAAAUAAUCCUAAACUGACCGAGAACAUGUCUAACAUUUCUAAUUAAAGUUGAACAGAGGGUAUUAUUUACCCUUUAAGUUGUGAAUCAUUUUAUCCUUUCAUACUCUGUAUAAUAAUUAAUUUCCUUGACAAUUACUUUUUGAGACUUAUUUACUUUUCUCAGCUCUAAAUUCUUUGCAUAUACACCUAAUGAAUGCAUAUAAUAAAUUAAUAAGCAUCAAAAUUGAAGUUUGCCAAGACAUAGUAGCGUUUCAUCAUUGUUUUCGCGAUUAAUCCCCAAUGCGACGCAUUUAAAUUUCUUUUCAAUCUGUUUGUCACCAUCAGCCAAGAAAAACAGCUGACAAUAUGUGAUGUAACCUGUAUUUUCAUCGUUCGUUAUUUAAAUGUCCCUCUGUUGACAACGUGCCUCGCAAUGGAGAUAAUUGAUUUGGCCAAUAAAAGGCAAGCCUUCAUGCCACCCGAAUGUCGUUACUUGACUCCCCAUAAAGAAGUCAUGAGAGUGAGAUACAUUUAUAUGGUUUUCUCUAAUCAAACGCCCAGAGAUUCGAAUAUAGUAUAAAAUACAUAUAUAGGUGUAUGUAUGUUAAGCAAUUCACGAAAACAAACUAUUAAAAACAGCUUCGCGAAUUGUGGACAUACUACAAGCCGCUUAGCAAGAACAAGGAGAUUCAACAAGCGAGAAACUUGUACCAAGAAGCAACUAAGCUUAUGCAAGAGGAAGAAGAAGAGCUUAAUAAUGUUUUUCGUUUAAUUACCAAGGGGCUAAUUUUAAAUCCGAAGUUUCACCUACUUUAUGCCUUGAAAGGCGAUCUAUACAUGCGUCAAGGUACACUAUAGAUUCUCCAUUAGAAUUAGAAUUCGAUUAUUGUUAUUAAAGAUAAAAUAUUGCAAAAUAAAUAGGGCUUUCAUUGCGAUUCAAAUAUCAGAAUUUUUCGAGUAUUUUAACUUUAUAUUGUUUUGCAUCCAAAAACCGUUUGCACUCGGUGCACGGAAGAAUAGUUGAAACGCUCGCAGUCCAUUCUUCGUCCGCUUGCUAUCCUCUUGCAGUUAAUUUUUCGUCCGCUUAGCAUCCGCUUUAUCAUCCACUCGCCGUCUGCCUCUUGUCCGCUUCUCACUCCACAUAUAUAUUACUCUAAUUAAAAUAUAAUUGAAAUAUAUUAUUACUAAUUAAAAAUACUGUGAGUAGAAUUAGUAAAACUUAAACUAGCUUGCGUUCUUUAUUACCGUGUAUCAAAUGACCUAACAAUAAACCUUAAUUGUUAAUGUGCCGAAUCAAUAAAACAUUUCUAUUCUAAGAA